CCUCUAAUUCACGAUCUUAUUUUAAGAUUUGUAGAAAAAUUUUCUCUCCCCUCACUCGUUACCACUUGCCACGCAUUUUGACCCUUUACUCUCUUGUUUUCUACCCUAAAAACUCAGUCUUUCACCCAAAAGGCUGUAGUUUACUUUCUUCUUGUCACGUAUUUGUGCCCUGUAGUAUGUAAUUGAAGAAAGUAUUGAUAGUUUUAUGGUGGGGUGUUGGGUUUCUUGUUAAGCAUGCUGCUAUGCUUUGGUAGGUUGUGAUGACAGCAUUGUUUUAUGGGUCCAGAGUUCAGCUGAGUUGGACUUUGAUGGUGGUGGGAGAGAAUCAGAAUGAGAGGAAGAAGGCUAUAUAUUCCUAUCAGUGCUUUUCCCUUGUUCUUCACUCUUUACCUGGCUGCCUCGCAUUUGGGUUAGUUUUGAAAAUAUGAUUUGAUUUGCUCUUCUUUAUAUUUUAGGUCUUGGGAGUUCAUUUAUGUGAUUUCUUGAUUGGAUGUGUUGUCAAGAUAAUUUGAGCUGGUCAAUCUUGUGCUUGUAUAGUUCAUGAGCUUGUGUUGACCCUUCUGGUCUUGCUUUAAAAUAUGAAUUAUGUUCUCAAUUUCAUGGGUUUAGGAGUUUAGACUCUUGGAUAAAUUGAAGGGACAUUUCACUUGGAUCCAAAAAUUUUAAGUGAUAUUUCCAGAGGAUCUGAUGGUUGUUGAGAGAGAGCAACUUAAUUUUGAAUUGGGUGUUGAAGAUUCUUAAUGUGGAGAAACUUGGAUUAAGGAAAUGACUGAUCAUUCAAGAAUAAAUAAUAGAGUUAUUCAGCCACCUCUGGUUGAUACAACUGCUUGCCUUUGUAGAGUAGAUGCAGGACUCAAAAGUGUUGCCGGUGCUAAAAAGUAUGUGCCCGGGACAAAACUUUGUCUUCGCCCAGAUAUCAAACCUUGUAUUCAUCCCACUAGAGAAAAACCACGACGUGACAAAAACCGGAACCAGUACCCUCUAUUACCUGGACUUCCAGAUGAUCUUGCCGUUGCUUGUUUAAUUAGAGUCCCUAGAACCGAGCAUUGCAAGCUCCGCCUAGUCUGCAAAAGAUGGAAUCGCCUCUUAGCUGGUAAUUUCUAUUACUCACUUCGAAAGAACCUAGGGCUUUCUGAGGAAUGGAUAUACAUCAUGAAGAGAGAGCGAGAUGGGAAAAUAUCAUGUGAUGCAUUUGAUCCCGUUUACCAGCAAUGGCACCCACUCCCUCCUGUACCCAAAGAAUAUUCUGAAGCCCUUGGUUUUGGAUCUGCUGUUCUUAGUGGCUGUCAUCUGUAUUUGUUUGGUGGGAAAGACCCUGUGAAGGGGUCCAUGAGAAGAGUUGUCUUUUAUAGUGCACGAACUAAUAAAUGGCACCGUGCUCCAGAUAUGCUUCGUAGGAGACAUCGUUUUGGCUGUUGUGUUAUAAAUAAUUGUUUAUAUGUAGCGGGUGGAGAGAGCGAGGGAGUUCACGGGCCUCUAAGAUCAGCUGAAGUUUAUGAUCCCCACAAGAAUAGAUGGUCCUUUGUUUCUGAGAUGAGCACGCCAAUGGUACCCUUCACUGGAGUUGUUUAUGAAGGAAAAUGGUUCUUAAAGGGCAUGGGUUCCCACCGACAGGUUCUGAGCGAGGUAUACCAACCAGAAACUGAUGUGUGGAACCCCGUCUUUAAUGGAAUGGUUACAGGGUGGAGAAGCCCAGGCGCUACGUUAAAUGGUCAUCUCUACGCUUUGGACUGUAGAGAUGGAUGCAAACUAAGGGUGUAUGACGAAGCAACAGAUUCUUGGAGCAAGCAUAUCGAUAGCAAGAUGCAUCUGGGGAAUUCCAAGGCUCUAGAGGCUGCAGCGCUCAUCCCUCUCCAAGGAAAACUGUGCAUUAUUAGAAACAACAUGAGCAUUUCUCUUGUUGAUGUUUCUUCAAGAUGCGGUAAUGGUAAUGGUAAUGGUGAUGAUGCAACAACCGAGCAUUUGUGGGAAACAAUUGGUGGAAGAGGGCAGUUGAAAAGCAUGGUGACAAAUUUCUUAUCAACCCUUGCCGGUAGGAACCGGCCCAAGAGUCGCAUUGUUCACUGCCAGCUUCUUCAAGCUUGAAUUAUUAUGUAACUAAGAUUGGAUCAGUAAAGGCUCUUUAUUUGCUUGUAUUAUUGGUAGUGUGUUGUUAGGUUAGGUACGGUAAGGUAGGGUACUAGCUAGAUGCUAAUUCUGUUUCCAUUGUUUUCUACACUCAAAGUGGUUCUCAUACACAGCUUAUGUAUCAUUUGACAAUCAACAAGUCCACGAAAAUGAUUGUCAUAUGCUACAUACAUAUAAAUUACUUCCUUCAAA